UUGGGAUUCUUGCCGGUUCAAAUGGUGUUGGAAGAGGACAGCUUCCUUAAGAAAGCAGUUGAUCGAGAGUUCACUAAAAUGGCUGCUUGAAAGUUUGAGAGCUUGAUGCAAUUUUGGAUUUUUCUGUUUCGGAAAGAAAACAGAAUGAGCGUGGAAGUAUUAGAUAGUGCAACCAUCCUCAACUUCAUUGAGGACAAAGAAGCAUUCCAUGUUUCUGUACGAGAACGUUUUGCAAACCUAGAUACCAACAAUGAUGGUCUUCUUUCAUAUUCCGAGAUGUUGAAGGAAUUGCAGUCUUUGAGGGUGUUUGAUACAGACUUUGGAAUUGAUGAGAAACGUGAUCCAACAGAGCUUGAUCAGGUUUAUGCAUCAAUGUUCAAGCUGUUUGAUCAUGACUCCAAUGGAACAGUUGAUCUUCAAGAGUUUGAGGCCGAAACCAAGAGGAUGAUGAUUGCCAUGGCGAAUGGGUUGGGAGUCCUGCCGGUUCAGAUGGUGUUGGAAGAAGACAGCUUCCUUAAGAAAGCAGUUGAUCUAGAGUGCACUAGACUGGCUGCCGCUGCUUGAAGCAUGCUGGGAGGGAGAGCCUAGUGCUGCAAUUUUACUCCUUUUUAUUUUUAUUUUUUUGAUUUUUUAUGUUUAAAUACUUUUGAACGUUUUGGGUUUUUGUUUUUUUUUUUCUAUACCACAUGUCCCUGGAUAGGUCUUUGGACCCAGAACUCAUUUUUUGUGGUUUGCAAUUUUAUUUUGGUUUUGUUUUGCUUCUCAAUUAAUUAAGAUGAUGUUCUAAUGAACUAAAAUUGUUUGGUAGUGAGUUUAUUUGGAUUUUUUUUAUUUUUUAUUUUUUUUUUGGGUUUUAGAGAUUAAUACCAAGUUCAAUGCCCCUUAGUUUGUAAUUUCCUCAAUAACUGUCAAAAAUAAUAAUAAUAAUUUAAGGACCAACAAUGUAACUAAAACUGAAUUUUAGGACCAUAGCGCAAAA